AUGUCCACAAAGAAAAAAACACCACGCAAAGGAAAGAAGGGAAAAGGAAAAGUUUUGGUACCAAAAUGGAAAUUGUUUCGAGCGAAGGAACCACUUCUCUCUGUAUUCAUGUGGGGAGUAAAUCAUUCGAUCAGCGAAUUAUUGCAUGUUCCACCUCCAGGAUUACUGAUGCCGGAUGAUUUUAAAGCUUCGAUUAAAGUUAAAAUCGACAAUCAUUUCUUCAACAAAGAUAACAUGCCAAGCCAUUUCAAAAUCAAAGAUUAUUGUCCUAAUGUGUUCCGAAAUCUUCGAGACCAUUUUGGUGUUGAUCAGUACGAAUAUUUGCGUUCGCUAACAUAUAGUGAACCAGAACCAGAACUAGAUCAAGUGGACAAAAGUGGCUCACGUUUGUAUGUUUCACAUGAUAAGAAAUUUGUAAUAAAAUCGAUGGAUUCAGAAGCAGUUGCUGAAUUGCAUUCAGUUCUCAGAUCUUAUCAUGAGUAUGUAGUAGAAAAAAGUGGCAAAACAUUACUUCCACAAUUUCUGGGUCUAUAUCGUCUUACUGUUGAUGGCAGUGAAACAUAUUUGAUUGUGAUGCGUAAUAUCCUUGGUCGAAAAUAUGCUGUCCAUCGUAAAUAUGAUUUGAAAGGGUCAACUGUACAGCGGCAAGCAACUGAUAAGGAGAAGACGAAAGAAUUACCAACACUUAAAGAUAAUGAUUUCUUGGAAGAUAAGUACAAAUUAAUAUUGCCAGCUGAUGCGCGUGAGAAGUUGCUUUCAAUGUUACGUGAUGAUGCCGAGUUUUUAGCAAGAAUGCAUCUGAUGGAUUAUUCACUUCUUGUUGGUAUUCAUGAUAUGGAUAAGGGUGAACAAGACAUAGCAGCCCAACAACUAGCUGAACCAUCUGAGGGUGAAAUUUCGGGUGAUGAACUUGUCCCAACGCCGCCGGAUUCACCGCUGCCAUCAACAGGUGCAUUUGCGCCAAUCCCAUCUGGUGGGCCAGAUCUUGAUGAUGAAUUUUAUGCAAUUCCAAGUAGUCCAGGAGAUUCUUACAUACUUUGCUUUGCAAAAGAUACAUUUCCAGAGAGCGAUAAGCGGUUAAUAUAUUUUAUUGGCCUUGUCGACAUACUCACUUAUUAUGGAGUUAAAAAAAAGACUGCAUCAGCUGCAAAAGCUGUCAAAUAUGGUUUGGAUGCUGAUAAUAUAUCAACAGUGAAACCUGACCAGUAUGCGCGUCGAUUGCUCGAUUUUGUAAGCAAUGCGGUCAAUUAUAAUACGGAAUCAGCAACAGUAACCCAUUAA